AUGGCGAAGAGCUCCUCGUCGGCCUGGCCGGACCUCUCCGCCAGCACGGUGCCUCAGCUCUCUGCCCACGUGCACCGCCUAUCGCCGCCGCAGCGGGCGGCCGUGAGCGCCCAGACCGUGCACUUCCGAGCGCUUCGGGCAGAGGAGAUGGAUAUCGAAGAGAUGAUGGCCUUGCAUGAAGAGUGGUUCCCACUUUCUUACGACCAGGAUUUCUACGAGAAAUCUGUGGGCGGAGAGUUCUUUUCCUUGGUGGCCACCUGGAAAACAGACCAAAAAAGAUCCGAGGAGAACAUCUUGGGCAUGAUCACCAUCAGUACUGGCUGCGAACAUCAUUGGGAUGCAAUCGGACAUGUCUUAGGUGUCGAGUGCGAGACCGCAUGCCAGAGCGCGGAGGAGACUAAAGAGCUUUCCCCCCGUGCUUCGUGUCCGCCUACGAAGCACGGAGUGUUGGCUUACAUCCUCACCCUGGGCGUGGCUGAGCACUUCCGGCGCCGGGGACUGGCGCAGGAGCUGUUGCGGCGCUCCGUGGAGCAUGUGCAGGAGCAGCUCCUGGAGGUCCAGGCGAUCUUUCUCCAUGUGGCAACCUACAACAAAGCAGCAGUUCAACUCUAUGAGUCGUUGAACUUCUUUCGGCUGGAGCAUUUUCCGGCCUUCUACCAGAUCCAUGGGAAGUACUAUGACUCCUACCUUUAUGUCCUCUAUUUGCAUGAGAAGCCGCCCUGGAGAGUCCGACUUCGCCGUUGGGUGGACUCGUGGAGCCGCGGAACGCCGGGAGCACCAGACGCUCUCUCCAGGAAUCAGUGGCAGCUCACGUUAGUUGGCAUGGACGAGCCCUUGAAGGAGCCCGGUGGCAGUGCCAAUCUGGUUUUGGAGACUAGCAUAGGCUUCCCCGCAGACUUCCUCCAUGGCCUGGACAUACCCGGAUGCCGCAUUGGUGCACAGGGCUCUCGCUUCUUGAGCCUCGACGGUGCGGCACCCUACAUCCCAGCCGGGCGUCGCAAAGCACGAUCAGCCAGCCACGCCCUGGCCCUCCUGGAGGAUUGCCAAGCCUUGAGCCAGCGGCCCCUCGAGCCGCGCCACGACUCACGGCUGAGGUGGAAGCAUGUGGAAGCAUGGCGCCGCGGCUCAGAGACCUCUCAGCGCGUGGUCUCCCUGCCACCGUUGCUGCCGCGCGCGCAGGCCGCGCGGCAGGCGUCGCAGGCCGUGGUGCCAAGGCAGCCUCCACCCCACCCCGCCGGUCCUUCAAGAGAGCUUGCACCCGGGCAGAGCAGCCGGAAGGAAGGAAGUGAGCCACUGGAAGGCCGAGCAAGGAGCGCUGUUCCACCCGCACGGAGCGCACCUCGCGCGCCUCGCGCGCCGGGUAGCCGGAGCGCGGCCGCGCGGCGCAACGAUGCUCCAGUGGUCGGGCUCGACUGGUCGUCAGCCAAGGCUUGGCAUGCGACCGAGCAUUUGUUGCAGCGCUUGGUGGGGGGCGCCUCCCCACAGCCGCCACAAGCUUGUCCGCACUGCCGGAGAAAGUUCCAACCACAGUCUCUGACACGACACGCCAACGUGUGCGUUCACGUCUUCCAGAAGCAGCGGAAGGCCUUUGACGCCUUGCGCCAGCGAGUGCCACUGGAGCUGCUGACGAGGGUCCGGCGACAGAAGCAUCGUCGCGAGGUGGGCCGCAUCCCCUCCCAAUGGCGGCAGCGGAGCAAAGCCUUCCGCACGGCGAUCCGCGAGGCGCGAGCAGCGAGUCUCUCGAAGGUACGGCCGCUGCGGCGGAAUAGUGCUGGGGAUUUGGAUGAGAAAUCGCCCUGCCCCCACUGCGGCCGGAAAUUCACUGAGAUUCACUUGGCAAAGCAUGCGCCUGUGUGUCACUUGGUUCCUCUGGUUCAACGCGUGGCGCAGACGCGGCCAGAGAACAUCCGUGCAGCUGGCUGUGCUGUGGGAGGCGCGCACGACACGCGGCCGUGGUGA